AUCAGUCAGUUCGAUUUCGAUUGUUGUAGCUUUGAUACGCACGCUAUCCGAUAAAAGCAAAAUCUUUCCGUAAGCCGUAUUGCACGAAACUUGCAACAUGUUUCGAAACUCAAAAUUGAUAGUAUAUCUUUCCAUCCUAAUACUGGUGGGAACCAGUGUUACAAUGUCACCGAUCGAGCCUUCAAACAGUGAUCCUCGAAUCGUUGGAGGUUUUCCAGCUCUCGCCAAUUCCACCAGUCAUCAGGUGUCAAUCAGGAGCAAAACAAACGACCUAGUAUCGUUUGGGAGUGGCCACUUCUGCGGCGGUAGUCUCAUAAACAAUCGGACCGUGCUGACAGCCGCCCAUUGUCUCGUGGAUUCCAAUAAUAAGAAACGGGCAGCAAACUUUUUCCGUGUGGUCGGCGGAAAUGUCAAUCGCUUGCUAACCGCUGGCAGUGAAAUACGGGACGUCACUCGGGUCGUCAUACACGAACGCUACAAUCCCGAGAAUUUCGACAAUGAUGUCGGAAUAUUAAUACUCUCCGAACCGAUACCGAGCACGCACCUAACGCUUCGUCCGAUCAGCCUUACAAAUUCCACACCCUCGGUAGGAACUAUAUGCCAAACUAGCGGAUGGGGAACGAUUAGAUACGGUGACAAAAUUGCAACCAACCAGUUGCUGGCAGUCAACAUUACGGUGCAGUCACUACAGCAAUGUAACCAACAAAGCAGCUACGCCGGUUCACUCAAAAAUGGAAUGAUUUGCGUUGGUGAAUUUGCUGGCGAACGGGAUGCAUGCCAAGGAGAUUCGGGUGGUCCAUUGGUUUGCAACGGUGUGCUGGCUGGCAUCGUGAGCCACGGAGUUGAGUGUGCGAAACCCAAUUUCCCUGGUAUCUACGCAGAUGUAGCGUACUAUCGGCAGUGGAUUCAGAGGAAUGGUGCCAGCCGAGUUAGCUUUAUUGCUACAAGUUUAGUGCUAGCGUUUAUUUCUGUAUUAUGGAACCAUUCAUCAACCAACUUGUAAUACACGUGUUAACACUA